AUGUUCGUAAGUAUUAGCUUCAUUAGCUGGAAGGCUGGUUUUCACCUUUGCCGUGUCUGUAUAUGUAUUUGUAACGAUGUUAGACCAACAACAAUAAUGGCAGUCGAGUCCUUCAGAUGUAAGCCUGCCCUGUGGCAUCCACCAACUACACCAAUGUGUAACUGUAGAACAAGAGCAAUGCUCCAUUCGACAUGGCUUUCGAUUUGCCGCAAUGUCGCCUAUAUGAAUUCUCUAUAG